AUGGACACACAUACGCUAGGCCAGCUGGAGACCUACAGCCAGCACCUUGCUGAGGCUGUCAAGGUUCUGAGUACACGUCUACACUCUCUGGACUCUCCAGUAGGCACAUCCCCGCCUGAUAUCACGAAAGAUAGGGCAGUCAUAUAUGCGAUUCUUGACGGCAUCAGAACCCUCCUUGACGAGCCGGAUUACUUACUUUCGUCGCUGACUACUCAGGUAGAAUUUCUUGCGUGUCUCAAAUGGCUUGCUGAAUUCCAAAUCUUGGCAUGCAUCCCUCCCGAAGGAAGUCUACCUAUCGGGGACUUGGCAGAACUGACUGGCGUCCCGGAUGUUCAACUCCACCGGGUGAUUCGUUUCACAGCCAGCUCUGGGUUUCUCCAGGAGCCCAAGUCGCACUAUGUCUCACAUACAGCCAUGUCGGCUCGGUUCCUGGCGAGCCAGCCGCUCUGCGACGCUACGAUCUUCAUCGCGGCCUCAGCCAUCCCGUCCGCCCUGCGGAUGGCUGACGCAACCAGGUUGACUAGCGCCGGCAGAGGCACCAACACUACUGCCUACGAUGUGGCGUUCAGCCCGCAAAGACCGUUUCGUACGGCCUGUGAGGGGCACUCCAAGCUGGGCCGGCAGUGGAGGGCCUAUCUGGAUCAUGCCGCAAGCUUGCAUUCGGAGAAAGAAUUGGUCGAGACCUUUUCUCGAUUGAACUGGCUGAGCCUUGGCGAUGCAUGCAUUGUCGAGGUCGGGGCCCAGUCAAGUUCGAUGGCACGCAGCCUGGCCAAGACAUUUCCGAACCUGCACUUCUUCGUGCAGAUCAACAACACCGACACCCUGGCUAUGAUUCGGGAUGACGACAGGGAUAAUGCCUCGGAGUCCGAGCUCCUGGCCGCCCAGGCCACCACGGAUGUUACCGCAAGCGCCCGCAUAACUGUGACCUUUCGGGAGACUGGCAUGCCCCAGCCCGUGAUAGGCGCCGCGGUCUACAUCCUGCACCUGCCCGCUGUGGGCGAUUUGGCCCGAGCUGAAUUGUACCGCCAUCUUGGCCCCCUGAGGGCUAGUGGGGGCAUGAUCCUAGUGCUAACCACCCGGGUUCUUCCCGAGCCCGGCAGCCUGCCCAACCCCCGUGUCGAGGCCGCGGCCCGCGCCCGGGACCUAGCCAUGCUGCAGCUGGCCAACGAGGGGGAGAUGGAGAUGACUGAGCUUCUGCAGGUUGUCGAUUCGGUGUCUGACGAUGUCGGGAAGCUCGUGGUUGCCAAUAGGCUUGCGUCGUACAAUGGCCUAAUCCUUGCUCUGGCUUUAAAACAUGUAGCUCAUGGGGUUUGA